AUGCUUAUAGACCAUAGGCGGCCAGGGACCCCGACCCUCAGCAAACGCGACCUCAUAGGUACCGCAGGCCAAGCGUCAUGGAUCUCCAGCGUUAUCAACCUCCUCAAUACCAUCGUGGGCGCCGGUGUCCUCGCCAUGCCUCUUGCCAUGUCACAUAUGGGUAUCUUUCUGGGAACAGUAGUCAUACUGUGGGCAGGAGCUACGGCGGGCUUCGGACUCUACUUACAGACACGAUGCGCCCGAUAUCUGGAACGGGGGUCGUCGAGCUUCUUCGCCCUAUCGCAAAUUACAUAUCCUAAUGCCGCCGUCAUCUUCGAUGCUGCGAUUGCUGUCAAGUGCUUUGGAGUGGGAGUCAGCUAUCUGAUCAUUAUUGGGGAUCUGAUGCCGGGUGUGGUUCGGGGUUUCGCUCGAGAGGAGGACCUAAGUGCCUUUAUGUUCGAUCGCCAUUUCUGGGUCACCGCUUUCAUGUUGGUGGUGAUCCCAUUCUCGUUCCUGCGACGGCUCGACUCCCUGAAGUACACUUCCGUCAUCGCACUGAUAUCGAUCGGCUAUCUGGUUAUCUUGGUGGUGUACCACUUUGCGGCACACGACACUUUGCCCGAUGGGCACUACAAGACACCACUACGGAUCUUCAAGUGGGCUGGCGCAGUCCCGGCUCUCUCGUCCUUCCCAGUCAUCGUAUUCGCCUACACCUGCCACCAAAACAUGUUUAGCAUCCUCAACGAGAUCAAAGACAACUCCCAUUUCCGCACAACAGCCGUGUUGACCGCUUCCAACGGCACAGCGGCUUCAAUCUACAUCCUAGUCGCCAUCACAGGAUACUUGUCCUUCGGCAACGAAAUCGGAGGCAACAUCGUGGCUCAGUAUGCCCCGUCAGUGUCCACCACGAUCGGACAAGCCAUGAUCGUGGUCCUGGUCAUGUUCUCCUAUCCGCUGCAAGUCCACCCUUGCCGAGCCAGUGUCGACGCGGUCCUCAAAUGGAGACCUUCAGCCAAAUUGAGAGCCAAGCUGACCCCAUCGGCCACACCGAGCUCAGUCGAUUCGAGCCCUCCACGCAAUAUCCCCUUACUCCACCCUGCUAGGCAACAGCGGAACACGGAGAUGGGCGAGGCAAGGUUCGCGGCCAUCACCACCGCAAUCAUCAUCCUCAGCUACAUCGUGGCCAUGACCGUGUCCAGCCUCGAAGCCGUGCUGGCCUACGUGGGCUCCACCGGCAGCACAUCCAUAUCCUUUAUCCUGCCCGGGCUGUUUUAUUAUAAGAUCUCGUCGCCGGACUCUCCGCUCCAUCAAAAGCUCAUCAAGGAAGAAGACGACUAUGACUGGGAGGGCAACGACGAUGCAGGAAGCACCAAGUCAGACGACGACAGGGCCACUGCCACUGACGAUCCACAAGAGGGCGAAGGGCAGGGCCUGCUUUCGAACUCGGGCAUCCUGAGCAUAGGCGGGGUGAGCCUGCUGAAGCGGACUAAGAACUUUCGCCGGAAAAUACUCCGGCGGUUGAGUCUCGCGCUGGCAAUAUACGGCAUCGUCGUAAUGAUUGUAUGUCUGAUCACGAACACGUUUUUUAUUGUCGCACAUUGA